CCGCUCUCUAACCAGGCCGCUCGCUGCCCAUCGGCCUGUCCUCUUGCGCAUCUCCUCAUAUCCAUUCCUGUGUUCCUGUCAUUCCCAUAAAAUUUCGCCAUGUUUCGAGUUGCGCUCUCACGAACCGCGGCCAUGGGCCUCGCACGCUCAAGCCCCGCGUUGAGCGCGAGGGUCGCCCUUCCUCGCCUGGCCCCCGUUGUGCGCUUCAACUCGACGAAGCCCAAGUCCGAGCUGAAGAAGCAGCUUGAUGCCCAGGAUGAUUUGCGCCGAGACUGGGACGCCCGGAUACUCUCGUACGAGGAACUCAAGCCGAAGACCCAGCAACCCAGUCCGGACAAGUACUUGAUUGAUGUUCGGGAGCCAGAUGAGGUACUUCAGGGUUCUAUCCCUUCGUCGGUGAACCUCCCGCUGUCCGGCAUCCCCAACUCUCUCCACCUGGAUGCGGCAACCUUCAAGCAGAAGUUCGGGUUUGAGAAGCCGAGGCAUGAUCAGGAGGUUGUAUUUUACUGCCGUAGUGGCAAGCGGAGCGCGACCGCAUGCGACCUAGCAAAGCGGAACGGCUAUACGAACAUCUUCAACUACCAGGGCUCUUGGCUCGAUUGGACGUCACGAGAGGGCAUCAAGCCCCCUUCAUCCUGAGUGGACUUGAGGAUGUAACACGUGCAUAGCAGAGCAGCACAUUACCGGUUUACCGACUAGCCUGCUCAUUCUGAAUGCGUUCGACAUUCAUCAUGUUAUCCCGCACG